AUGACAUCCAAAGAGAAACGAAUGGUGAAAAAUGUCAACAUGGAAAAUGCCCAACAGGAAAGUGAAGGAGGAGAACAGGGCCCCAUGCAGAAUAGAGAGGAAUCAUGCAGUUUGGGAGGGUGUGAAGGCCAGAAUCCUGGAGGAAAUAUCAAGCUGGGGCGAGUGAAAUGAUUUGUCCCUAAUUUUUGAUGGGCCAUACAAGACAGGCAUAUGGAUCACAAUGAAGUGGGAGAUGUUGUGGAAAAGUUCCUAGGACAGAUGAUGUAAAUCAGGAGAAAGACUAAGGAGCAGCAAAUGAGGCAUCAUAAGUACUUCCAAACUCCUGAACCUGAUAAUUAUUAUGACUUUUACCUUAUACCUUGA